AAAGGUUGUCAACAUGCAAUAGCUUCAAUAUUAUCUCUUCAUUUUAAUUAGAAUACUUCAGUCAAGAAAUCUACUAUUAUUCUACUUGCAACUUCAAGCUAGCUAGAACUACUACCUAGCUCAACCACCAUAGGAGAUCAAUGGAGAAUAGCAGAUUCGAUGCAAAGAAACCCGGGGAGGUCAAUGAUGAGAUGAAAUGGGUUCAUGAUUCUUCAUUGGAUCACAAAGGCAGAGUUCCUCUCCGAGCUUCAACUGGUUCCUGGAAAGCUUCUUUUUUCAUUAUUGCCAUUGAGUUCAGUGAGAGGUUGAGCUACUUUGGAAUAGCAACUAGCUUGGUCCUUUACCUCACAAAAGUUCUUCAUCAAGAUCUUAAGACUGCAGUUAAGAAUGUGAACUACUGGGCUGGAGUCACCACUUUGAUGCCUCUAUUUGGAGGAUUCUUAGCCGAUUCAUACUUGGGCCGCUACAACACUGUGAUUGCAUCAUGCAUUGUUUAUCUCAUGGGUUUGGUCCUCCUUUCUUUGUCAUGGUUCUUACCAGGUUUAAAGCCAUGUGAACACACUAAUAUGUGUAUUGAACCUAGGAAAAUUCAUGAAGUAUUCUUUUUCCUAGCCAUCUAUUUAAUAUCCAUAGGAACUGGAGGGCACAAACCUUCCUUGGAGAGCUUUGGAGCUGAUCAAUUUGAUGAUAAUCAUGUUGAAGAGAGAAGGCAGAAAAUGUCCUACUUCAAUUGGUGGAACUGUGGACUCUGCAGUGGACUCAUUCUAGGUGUGACCCUGAUUGUUUAUGUGCAAGAUCAUGUUAACUGGGGUGCUGCUGAUCUCAUCCUCACAGGGGUCAUGGCUUUCUCAUUGCUCAUCUUUGUCAUAGGAAGGCCUUCUUAUCGUUAUAGGGCACCAACUGGGAGCCCCUUCACUCCAAUGUUGCAGGUUCUUGUUGCUGCUAUUUCCAAGAGAAAGGUUCCCUACCCUUCCAACCUUUCUCAAUUUCAUGAAGUUUCCAAAUCUGAGGUUGCCAAUGGAAGGUUUCUUGCUCACACUGAGAAACUCAAAUUUCUUGACAAGGCAGCAAUUCUUGAAAAUGAAGGAAACUUAGCAGAGAAACAGAGUCCCUGGAGACUCACAACACUGACUAGAGUUGAAGAAAUGAAGCUGAUCAUCAACAUGAUCCCCAUUUGGGUAUUUACAUUACCAUUUGGAAUUUGUGCUGCACAAACAUCCACUUUCUUCAUCAAACAAGGAGUCAUCAUGGACAGAAAGAUAGGGAACAAUGGGUUUGAGAUUCCUCCAGCUUCAAUUUACACUCUUGCCGCCAUUGGUAUGAUAUCUUCUGUAGCCAUCUAUGACAAGGUCCUUGUACCCUUGUUCCGAAGGCUAAGCGGAAACGAAAGAGGAAUCAACAUCCUUCAGAGGAUCGGUUUCGGAAUGUUUUUCUCAGUGAUUACAAUGAUAGUAGCAGCUGUGGUAGAGAGAAAGAGGCUUGAUGUGGUUGAGAGGAAUCCCUUAAAAGGUUCACUUUCAAUGAGUGUGUUUUGGUUGGCUCCACAGUUUGUGAUUAUUGGUGUUGGUGAUGGGUUUGCCCUUGUGGGGUUGCAAGAGUAUUUCUAUGACCAAGUGCCAGACUCAAUGAGAAGCCUAGGAAUAGCACUUUACUUGAGUGUGCUUGGGGCUGCAAAUUUUCUCAGCAGUUUGGUGAUAACAGUUAUUGAUCAUGUGACUGGUAAGACUGGGAAAAGUUGGAUUGGUAAGGAUUUGAACAGUAGCAGAUUGGACAAAUUCUAUUGGCUACUCGCGGUGAUGACCACAUUGAACUUGUUCAUGUAUGUGUUCUUUGCUAGGAAGUAUUCUUAUAAGAAUGUGCAGAAGGUUGGAGUGGCUGAUUGUUAUGAAGAGAAAACUGAUGGUGGUGGAGCAGAGACAAAGGUUUAAAUUAGUUCAGUUUAGUUCUAUGUAUCUUAAAUUACUAAGAUUUUUCAUUUUCCUCCUGUGGCUGUGAUUGUGAAAACUGAAAAUUUAUGUUUGCAGUAGCAAAGUCACUAUUAUAUUUUUAUUGCCCUUUUAUCCUUAUAUUUCCAUCCACAUGAAGGUUGUUGUUAAUCAUGUGUUUGUUACUUUGCUUUGAGUUUUGAUGAAUAAUCUUUGUAUAUUAUUGAUCGCUUAUGAUCCAAACCAAGAGAUUUUAUUC